AUGGGGUCUUGUGAUGGUCUGGUGUGCCUAUGGUUCCAGUUCCUGGAUUCCCUUUUCCUUUGGAAUCCAGCCACAAGGGAGUACAAAGAAUUACCAAACUCAAAAAUAUAUAAUGUCUGUAUGGUUGCAUUUGGUUAUGAUUACAGGAGUAAAGACUACAAGCUACUAGCUGUUGAUUGUCAAGGUUUAUUCAAAGUCUAUUCGCUAGGAUCAAAUUCAUGGAAAACCAUUGGAAAUGUACCUUAUUUAUAUACUUAUCGUGAAGCCGAGGUGAUUCCUAUUGGAGAUUGUCACUGGUUAGCCAAAAGGAGGCAAGACUUUUCCGAUGUUUUAGUCUCUCCAAACACCAGCAACGAGAUAUUCAAAGAAAUUGAACUACCAAAAGAACCUUUGGAUACGGGUUUUAAGUUUCGCAAUUUGACGGUGUUGGAAGGGUGCCUGUGUGUAUUUGUUAAUGCUAAUUGCGUUCACCUUGAAGUAUGGGUAAUGCAGGACUAUGGAGUUCGGGAAUCUUGGACCAAGCGUUGUGUCAUUACCCAUGAUAAAAUUAUGAGUUGCCGGAUGUAG